AUGGUUGACAGUAUCGAGGAUAAGGUGCUGGUUAGGGAAUUUGAUGAUGAAAAAGAUAUUGAAAUGGUGGGGGAGCUUGAGAAAAAUUGUGAAAUAUUAGGGUCUAAUGAUAAGGGGACCUCCAUUUUUACAAACAUGGUGGGUGACCCAUUGUGUAGAAUUAGGUUCUUUCCACUUCAUCUCAUGCUGGUAGCUGUGCUGCGUGAAAAUGGGGAGCUUGUCGGAGUGAUCCGAGGCUGCAUCAAGCAUGUGGGGACUAAAUUUGGAGCAACAUUUUUCAAGUUGGGUUGCAUUUUAGGCCUUCGGGUGUCUCCCAUACAUCGGAGGAUGGGGAUUGGAUUAAAACUAGUGAGAGAAAUGGAAGAAUGGUUGAUAAACAAUGAAGCACACUACACAUUCUUAGCAACAGAAAAGGACAAUGUAGCCUCCACAAAUCUCUUCACUGCCAAAUGCAAUUACAGACACUUGAGUUCAUUACUGAUAUUUGUACAACCCAUCAGUAUCGCAAUGGAUCAUCAAGGGGUUAUUUCUCAAGACAUAAUAGUAGAGAAGCUAAACAUAGAGCAAGCCAUUAGUUUUUACAACAACAAGCUUAAAGACAAAGACAUAUAUUUGACAGACAUUGAAGCAAUCCUCAAGGAAAAGCUCAGCCUUGGCACAUGGGUAUCUUAUUUCAAACAAGAUAAAGAGAAGAACAACAGUGUUGAAGAUAUUGUAAGUACAAGUCCAAGCUCUUGGGCCAUGUUUAGUAUAUGGAACUCAUGUGACGCUUAUCACCCAUUGAAACCGUUUGGUUUCUUGUUCCUUUAUGGACUCCUCGGUGAAGGGGAGAGGCUCGGGGAGGUGAUGAAAUCUGCGUGGAGCUUCACGUCGAGAUUGGCCGAGAAUGUGAAGGAUUGUGAAGUGAUUAUAACCGAGUUAGGGGUCUCCGAUCCUCUCGUGGAACAUGUACCAUAUCAAUCGUCGAUGUCGACGAUCGAAGACGUUUGGUACUUGAAGAAAGUGAUCAAUGGAUCCAUGAAUGAUGAAGAUGAGAUAGGGAUGAUGGGAGAACUGGGGAAUGUGGUUGUUGAUCCAAGAGAUUUUUAG